GCUAGCUCAGCUCACAGUCACCCACCCAUCCAUAUACGAAUACGAACCACAGAACAAACAGCACGAGCGAGCACAAUGGAGCACGCGCAGGACGAGCUCAGCCUCGAGCUCACCCUGGCCACCGCGGUCGUGGCUCCGGCUCCCGGCUUCUUCCUAUGCGUCUACUGCCGCCGCAAGUUCCGCAGCUCGCAGGCCCUCGGCGGCCACCAGAACGCACACAAGCAAGAACGCGCCGCUAAGCGCCUCCGGGAGACUGCGGUCGCCACCACGCAUGCUUGGAAUCCGGGGAGGGCUGCCGGCGCUGUUUGGGUGUCCGAGGAGUCAGCAGCAGCAGGUGGCAUGGCGUACAAGCGCAGCAGGAUCUCGUGGGAGCGCGAUCACGAGCUGGACUUGUCCCUCCGGCUAUAGUCGGUCGGCCAAUCCAUAGAUCUCUGCUAGUAUCCUUGCUCCGCACCAUUCUGUUUCCUGUGCUAGGGGAGAGAGGAUGCAAAGCUGGGAAGUGACCAUGUGCAAAGCUGCUAGAGCGACUCACGUCCAAAAUAAUUUUGGGCAAAAAGAAGUUGGGCGUUGUGGAUUCUUAGGCUGGGAGAUGUAUCUUGAUUGUGGUGGCUUUAGUGUCAAUUGUUCUUUUUCUUAGCAUCCUUCUUCCAGGUUAUAGAGUUUUUGGCCAGUAAGGUUCUCUUUGGAGAGGGUGUUGGCAAGCUUCAUAAAGUUGUACUAUAAAAACGGGAGUUGUUUGGUUUUCCUGCUGCUUUGCCUGGACUGUUUUGCCAGGUUUAGAGCAUCUCCAAUAGAUGAUGUAUAUUUUGU